AUGUCAUCGAGUCCUUUCCGUUUUUCCUUUACUGAGGUUAAAGGGCAAAAGAUCGGUAAAGGCGGAAUCGAAUGUGCGGUUUGUCUAAACGAGUUUGAGGAUGAAGAACCUCUGCGUUGGAUGCCUCCUUGUCGCCACACUUUCCAUGCUAGUUGCAUCGACGUGUGGCUCUCUUCUCGGUCCACGUGUCCGGUCUGCCGUGCAGACCUGUCUCUUAAACCGGGCGAUAGCUUUCAAGAUCCGAGAACGGAUAUCGAAACGGGAAAUGCACAAACAUGUGUUUCAGAGUCUCAAGAAGACGACAUAAGCUUGAUGAGUAAUCGUGUGACAUGGAACAACAACAAUGCAAACUAUAUAACGCCUAGAUCAAGAUCUACAGGGUUAUUGUCGAGCUGGCGUAUAUUCGUCCCUAGAUCUCGUUCGACCGGACAUUCAUUGGUUCGGUUUGGUGAGAAUCUAGACCGGUUCACACUGCAGUUUCCGGAGGAUGUUAGCUUGAAUCUGACAAGGAGAAGCCACAUGGCCUUACCUCAAGCCAGGAGUUCGAGAGAGGGCUACAGAAGCGGCAGCGUUGUGAGCGAGAGAGGCGGUUUCUCUUUUCAAGCUGUUUCUGUUCGGUCCACAGUUGACAGUGAUUCUGGUGAACAGUCGUUUGCACGCCUCAUGCCAGAGAAGGUCAUGUCUUUGUGA